AUGGAAUCAAAGAGAGAGAUGGAUCGUUUGGAUAUGGUGCACCACUUGUGGAUGCUGACUUGGGACGGCGACAUAUGCCUUUCCCCAAAGAAGAAGACCGCCAAGCGAGUCCUGGACCUUGGCACCGGUACUGGUAUCUGGGCCUUGGACUAUGCGGAUGAGCAUCCCGAAGCAACGGUUCUUGGUGUUGAUCUGAGCGCGAUCCAGCCUGAAUAUGUGCCGCCGAACUGCAGCUUCGAGGUUGACGAUAUCGAGAAAGAAUGGACCUGGACAACUCCCUUCGACUUUAUAUUCUUGAGAUACAUGAUUGGGAGUUUCACUGACUGGAACAAUAUCUUCACUAAAGCCUACGACCAUCUAGAACCAGGCGGUUACAUCGAGAUUCAGGAUAUCGACUUCCCUCUCAGGUGCGACGAUGGCACUAUGAAGGAAGGCUGGCAGCCCCUUAAGUGGGGCGAGAUGUUGAUUGAAGCAUCAGAAAAGAUCGGACGGCCUGGUCAUAUGACGCCGAAGUUUGAGCAAAUGCUUUUGGAUAUUGGGUUCGUCGAUGUGGUAGUGCGCAGGGCAAAAUGGCCCUUUAACCCCUGGCCCAAGGACAAGCAUCUCAAGGAAUUGGGGAUGUGGUGCCAGGCUGGAUCUUUAGCUGGCAUUGAGGCGGCUUCGUUGCGCCUCUUCACUCAGGUUCUCGACUGGACUCCUGAGGAGACUACUGUGCUGUGUGCUGAAGUGAGAAAGGAGCACAUGAAAAUGAAUGUUCAUGCAUACUACGAUGUAUACGCUAUCUACGGUCGGAAACCUGAGAAGGAAGCUUCGGAGGCACCUGCUGCGUGA